AUGAUUAUCGAUACAAAUAUUGUCGCCCGCAAAAUUGAAUAUAAAGAUCCAGUAGAAGAAGAAUGGGAGAAGUUUCAGAAAGAAAUUAAAGAAGAAACUACAACCUCUGCGGAAAUAAUAGCUGGUGAACAAGAAGAAGCAACUGCCGAGCGACAGAUAGACGAAAUAGAUGAACAAAUUCGUAAUUGGUCCAGGGUGUUGGACCUCGAAUUAAAAAAAGAAGAAACGAAAAAGAAAAUUCAAGAUAUUGAAAUGUUAGACGAUAAUAGCGAAAACGAUUCUGAUAAUGAAACUGAUAUAGAUGAAUUUUUGGACUGGCGAGCGAAGAAAUCAUAUGUUUAA